AUGGAAGUCCGAUGGACGGCCAUCCUCGUCACCAUUGCCUGCUUGCACGGUUGCAGGGCUGCCUCCCUGUCCGCGUCGGCGAAGCAUUACACCUCGGCGGUGACGCCGUGGAAACAAUGGACAAUCGGCAGGAGGCCCUGCGAAGGCGUCCAAGGAGAAACAGGGAUGUGCAUGUUCAACUGGGAGUGCAUUCGGCAGGAGGGAACGAUGCUUGCCGCCUGCAUGGACGGUUUUUUGCUGGGGGCGUGUUGCAAGCUUCCCGAAGAGGUCAACGCCACCGCAGUGUCAUGGACAGAACACAGUACGCACACCACUUCAGAAGCGUCAAAAGAUAGUGGCGACCCUGAAACGACCACGAGCGAGUACACCUCGAGCUGGUCCGAACACCACCUCCCCGAGGCAUCCAGGCUUCCUCUUAGCACAACCACAGAAGCUCCCUCGACCCCUCCGUCAACCGUCAUGAGACCUACCGCGCUCGUCGCUAGACCAACGACACUGUGGCCUUUCAUCAGACUCCCGACAACGCUGAAACGACCGACCAUCGUACAAACAUCCACGUCUCAAGGAACGGCAACCGUGAAUAACCACCACCGACCGCCGACCAUCGCCACCCCGCUAGUGACGGCUUGGAUGACUACGAGGCCAGCCAUGAUAUUUACCCCCACCAGGCUGACCCUUCGGCCGCCACAUCUGCCUUCAACGCCCUUGUACGUCCAGCGCCCUUCUUUGCAAGCCGUGCUCGCCAACACUCCCAUUGGAAUACUAGGCUCACUGUUGACGAGACCUUUCACACGGCCUAUGACACGUCCGGUCACCUCAGCGAUGUUUUCGCGGCCGCAGACAGUCAGCAUCUUGCCCUCAAAAACGCACUCGCCCUUGACGACGCCGAUGCAAUCUGACUCGCCGACGAAAAAUCCUCAGAGGCACGAAGUUUCAUCAACGGAACCACCGACGCAAACAACAGCACUCGAGCCUUUUACGUCGGUCGCCGGAGAGAUCAGCUCUCACGCGGUCAGUAGGCUUCCGCCUGCCACACUAAACGCUUUGGAGGACCUCGCUGCCAGUCUGAAGACUCCUCACGUCCGUUACACCACGGUGAGCGGAUUUCCGUCCAUGGGGAACGAAGGGACCGUCAGUCAACCAGACUUCAUUGACCUGACCGAGUUUGCCACCACGCACCGGCCGCCGACCACGGCUUCGAUAGAAUACACCCUCGACUUUGAUGUCGAAGAGCACCCAACCGUGACGGAGAAUGUCAACACUGUCAGCGUCGGGCGACCGUCGUACGGCGAGGUCGCUGACGUCACUGUCACGCACGUCGCGUCUUCAAUCGAUGCGGCGUCACGGUGGCCGACUUCAACGCGUUGGCCGACUACCACUCGUCGGCCGACUACAACUCGUCGGUUGACUACAACACGUCGGCUGAGGGCAACAACGCCAAACCCGACGUCUCAAGCGGAAACGACACGCCGAGCGACAGUGCAGAAGCCUACGUUUCCUAAUCCGACGAAAACGCGGCCAGAUCCCACCGCGGGCUCAAACUUAAUCCCGCACGUCACUUAUCCCUCAAAAUACACGCUGCGACCUUCGACCAUUCUCAAAUUUCCCAUGACAAAUAUAAUUGCCAUAAAGCGGCCCCCCAUUACGACGCUUCAAACUCUGCGUCCCCCGGCCACCACUCAGGUGUAUCGUCCAACCUACUACACCACCCUGAAAUUCCCAGUUUCUACGAAAAAACCCACCCCCGGCACUGGCAAGCCGGUAAAGACGACGCAGCCCAUGACGGCCGCGACGAAACCCAAAAGCACGCCCAAGCCGGUGAAGCCCAUUCUCCCGAUACCAUCUCGGCCGGUGAAGCCCACAAAGGCACCCGUACCGACCAAGUCUUCAACGAAGAAGACAACUCCCCGGCCUGCUCCUUCAAGGCUUCCGGCGCAGCCCCCGACGACGUCUUGGCCAUCCGGCAGCACGCUGACCACCAAGCAGAAGCUUCCCGUCAAGGGAACCACCGGGAACGGCAGCGUCACCCCCACGGAAACGAGCCCCCUGCGGUGGGACUACCGGAAACACUGCGGGGUACGGCCACUCCGUCCUCAAGGGAGGAUAGUCGGGGGCAGGAAUUCUUUCUUCGGUGAAUGGCCGUGGCAGGUACUGGUCAAGGAAGCUACGUGGCUAGGACUGUUCAUCAAGAACAAAUGCGGCGGCGUACUCAUCAGUAGCAAGUACGCUCUGACGGCUGCGCACUGCCAACCAGGGGGGUUAAUAGUGACGAUAUGACUGCUUGACCGCUACGGCUGCAGGUUCCUGUCGUCACUGCUCGUGGUCCUGGGCGAGCAUGACCUGUCGGGCGACUACGAGACCAUGAAACCCGUGUCGGUGCCCGUGCGGAGAAUGGUCGUGCACCGGAACUACAACCCGGCCACCUUCGAGAACGAUUUGGCCCUUCUGGAGCUAGAGAGGCCGGUCACCUUCCAGCCGCACAUCGUGCCCAUCUGUUUGCCCGGAAAGAACGAAGACUUCACCGGGAGGACCUCUUACGUCACCGGAUGGGGAAAGCUGUCGCACGGUGGGUCUGUGCCCAACGUGCUCCAAUACGUCCAGGUCCCGAUUCUGAGCAACAACAGGUGCCAGAAGAUGUUCAUGCUGGCUGGUCACGUGAAAGCCAUCAGGGACAACUUUGUCUGUGCAGGAUACGACAGAGGAAAUCGAGAUUCCUGCGAGGGAGAUUCCGGGGGUCCACUGACCCUUCUCCGCGACGACGGCCGCUGGGUCCUGGUGGGCACCGUGUCCCACGGCAUUCGCUGCGCCGAGCCCAACAUGCCCGGAGUCUACAUGAGGACCUCAGCCUACAGGUCUUGGAUAGACAGUGUCACAACCCACAAGGGCUGAGGGAAGUCCGCUAGCAUCGAGGAGACUGUGCCUGAUGAGCCGUGUUCGCGUUUCGCCCACGCAACUCUGCAGUUGGACGCUGUUGCUGGAGCCAGUGAGGGCAGCAGCUCCAGUGGCCCCUCGUCCGAGUCUUUGCGACUCAUGCAGGGUACCAAAACGCUGCUUUGUGA